ACCGCGUUCCGGCCAUCAACACUUAUACUUCCUCCACACUAAAAUUAAUCAAUUCUACCCUGCCGCUCCUCAAAAACGUCACUAUAUGAUAACAUUCAUACCUAAAGUCUUUUGUUAAUCAUUUAUGGAAUAUAUACACAGGUUCAAUUCCUAAUAUAUUUCUUAACUGUCGAGCAAUUGGCAUAUAUCCGAUUCGAUUCAACCUCCUCGAACGCAACCCUACCCCAAGGCUCUAACCCUAAGGCUACAGCUCGUUACCGCUAUAUCUUUGUCACCGGUCCUAUGAAUCCGACGUAGCAUACUCGAAGACGCGUUCAGAUACUUCCGAAUUAUGUAUCUGCCACGCGAUCUCAUAUCGAAACUCUAUACCCAUCUCCAGAACACCCGGCAUCCCUUGUCCCCUCCAGUCCUCAUUCUUGUCGCCCUUGAACCCGACGCUCUCUGUGCCUGUCGCAUUUUAACACGGCUUCUCAAACAUGACUAUAUACCACACAAGAUCCAACCCGUGUCUGGGUAUGGGGAUCUCGAACGCGUCGGCCAGGAACUUGUCAGCCCCAUGAUGGAGACUCGUGGAGGAAGCGGAGGGGUCGUCGUAUGUCUCGGCGUGGGGGGUAUGGUCGACAUGGGAACUAUUCUAGGCCUCGAGGUUGAAGGCGAAGAGUCGAGUUUUAGCGGUGUUGAAGUUUGGGUUAUAGACUCGCAUCGGCCGUGGAACCUUGGCAAUGUCUUCGGCGGAUAUCCACUCGAGCCCACUUCCGGCGCCGUCACCAGUUAUCAAGCUCGUGCUCCUAGUGGUGUAACUUUAGGACGGGUGGGCAACUCAUAUAAACCCGGAAAAGGUGGUAUCAUCGUAUUCGACGAUGGCGACAUCGAAGAGGGGCUCGAUGCCGAACGAGACGCGUACUUGGCACUGAUUGACAUGCCUGAUGUUGAAGAUGAUGGCGAGCCAUAUGGGGAAAGUGAUUCUGAAAGUGAAGGCGAGGUGGAAGAACAAGACCCCUUACCACGUGCUGGCAAGAAGAGGAAAUCUUGGUCGGACAGGGACGAUGAGAGCAGCGGCGAGGAAGACGACCGACCCCGUCAAAGGAGAAGGAGUAAUACUUCCACCCCAAUUCCAGACUCCCCGCAACGCCCGGCCCAGCGUGGACUAAUUUCAAUACGGGACUCCGAUCUAAUUAGAUCGGACGACUUAGAAAAUCCGCCCUCCGCAGCUCAACCCCCUAAAGCCCCGUCGGCCCGUACCCUUCGGAGGCGUUUGUUACGAAUGCGGAAUGAAAAUGAAGGGAUUCUUCGGAAGUAUUACCGGAUGGGGUCUUCUUACUCUGAGCCUAUUAGCGCAAUGAUUUACUCUCUUGCUUCGGAGCUAGGCCGGGAAGACAAUGACUUGCUCUGGCUAACAAUUGUUGGCGUCACGUCCAUGGAGCUGUAUGGCCGCUCCUCAGCUGGCUUAGCUGUUAUGGUCCGCGGUUCAGAUUCUAGGCCGUCAAAUGGCUGGAUGGGCGUUCGUGGCGCCCGAAUACGGCAACUCCUGCGGGACGAGGUGAGGCGACUAAAUCCACCGGAGAUGGGAAGGCUCUCGGGCUCGGACGGUGCUGGAAUUAUCCCUACCACAGCCCGGAACCCCGAAGACACGAGUAUCCGACUAUCUCCCGAACCAAAAUUCUUACUCAUUCGACAUUGGAGCCUUUAUGAUAGUAUGCUACAUUCGCCAUAUCUUUUUUCAAGAUUGCGCAUUUGGAGCGAGAGCGGUAUCAAACGUUUGCACAAAUUACUUGCAAAAAUGGGCGUGAGCCUUGUUCAAUGCAAGCAGAGCUAUACACAUAUGGAUAUGAUGCUAAAAAAAGAACUGCGUACAAAGCUGCUAAAGUAUGCAUCUCUAUAUAACCUCGACGAUAUGGUACCUGCGGUAGAAACAGAUGCUAGGGAUCGAGGAGGAGCCAAGGACGGAUGGGGGUUUGUCCGGAGUUGGGGUUGGCGAGCAACGCUCAGCGCUCAGGAUGUUGGAGUGAUCAUCGGCGCUCUACUUGAGGUAGGUAAACAGAAUACGGUGACCAGCGAGGACGGCCGCAUCCGAGCAAGUCAAAUACAGGACCUAGAAGAUGAAAGUGGAGUGGCCGAGACCCAAGAAUGGGUCAGUCGCUUUUGGGAAGCGUAUGAUGCUCUUGAAAACAUCGAUGCUCUAAAAGCUGGCCUUCCCAUAGCAAAAGAACUUCACCGUGCUAUUUUUCGAACAGGAACGGCACUGAUCGGGAAAAGACAAAUCAAGCACUUACAUGCCUUCCGUCUUUGUGUUAUUAAAGAUGGACCAGACGUCAGUUUAUUUACGCACCCCGCUGCACUUACGAAGCUUGCUCUUUGGGUUGGCGAGGCCCUCGCUGAGCAGGAAAAAGAUGCCAACGGAAAGCUGGCACAUGGUGGACGUGGUACACCACUCGUCGUAGCGAGUCUAAAUGAGAAACGAGGCGUCUACGUUGUGGUUGGUACCGGUGGUGGUGGUGGACCUGAUCUAGCGUUUCUGGAUAAGGAAGCAGCCAAAGAGAAACAGGCCGCCAAGGAAGCUAAGAUCAAGGAACGGGAGCAGAAACAACGGAACAAGGAAAAGAUUAGGGAAGAGAAACGUGCUGCUAAGGCUAGAGCCGCCGAUGCCGAUGAUGAUGAUGAUGACGAAGGGGAAGAGGAAACAGAAUCUGAAGACAGCGACGGGUCAGAUUCGGAUUCAGAGGACGAGAUCGAAGAGCAUAAGGAGCGUGGCUAUGGACUGAAUAAAUUUGGCACCGCCUUCCAGGAUGUGGUUAGCGAGACAAAUGCGCGCGUGCGAAUCGACAGUUUUGAGCACUGCGUCGUCGAGGUUCGGAAGGACGACCUUGGCGGUUUCCUCGAGAGCUUAAGUCAAAAGACCGUCGUCGGAUGAAAUGUUUUUUUUUUUCAAGGCAGUCUUUCUGAAAUCUCUCAAGAUACUCCAGAGCGUUAGCGGCAAGCCCUUGCGUUCUGUCUAAUAAGCUACGAAAUAUGUGCCCCUUAUUUGUCCAUUAAAGACACCUCACGAGAAGCGAAUAGGUAUGAGCGUCUGCUACAGCACGGUUGGAGCUUGGACGGUGCAUGAACGACGGAUAGGAUUUUGGGCUGGCGUUUGGUUCCCAUUUUUGUAGAUACUCCGCCGAACUGUGAAUUGGGCGUGGUUCGUUCAACUGUUUGACACAUACAUAUAUCAUGGUUGUGGAAUAUAUACAUACCUACUUCAUCAAACGUGUAGCCCCGAGUUUUUUUUUUUUUUUAGUUUUUUUUUUUUUUUACUACAGGUGGUAUGUACCUAUUUUAAUAAUUAUUUGUACAAUACAAUAUGAAUUGGCUGGU